AUGGAUCCCUCUCACCAACACUUCCCGCAGGAGCACGAGCACGAGCGCCGCCCCUCCGUGACGUCCAACUCUGAUACUCCUGCUGCUUCAUCUGAUGUUUCUUCCUCCUCUUUCCCUUUCCCUACCCUACCAGACAGCUCCCUGGCCACGGGCCCUGCCUCGAGAAACACGCGGAAUCUUGUCAUCGAUAGUUCGAUAGCCAGGCCACCUCCCGGCGCACAGCUGAUUCGACGCAAGCCGCUGUCGUCCUCGGCCUCUCCUAUAGCCACGAGGUACUCGUCCGGCGAAUACCUCACUAUCGCCAGGGGACUUCCCCGGCCGGAGCAGAGAUACUCGCGGUCCUUCUCGGUCGACAGCCCAACUGUCUACGACUUUCAGACUGCCAAAGUACAGGCAGUGACAGGUCUGCAGUCUACCGCGGUCAAGGUGGCGCCGCCAAUCAAGGAGAUAGACAUAGGGAACUCUCCCGGAAUCCAGGAUUCCAACCCGCCUUCUCCCAUGACGCCUGAGCCGGCUGUCAUAGCGGGUGAAGUCAAACAUCCCUUCUUGGCAGACCCCCAAGAGGACCACAACCCUGCAGCACCUCAAACGGAGCUCGCAGCUGGGCUGUCACAACACAGCAAACAAGAUUCGGCCGAGGCGCAAGCUGACACUGCCGCUGCCGCUGACGCUGACGAGGAUCCUCUGAGCGUUCUCGACGGUUAUAAUACCGAUUCGUCCUAUAAUUCUAAUUCUCAUAAUUCUAAUAUGUCAUUGAACGUCGCCAGGAAACCCGGACCACCACAUCUGAGUCUCGUACCAGUCGACACAGACACAGACACAGACACAUCAGCUAGUCACCACGACGUCGUCAAGACACCUAAUACAGACAAACCAUUACCCAAGUCACCAGGCUCCGCUUCCAAGCUAGGCAACUUCUUCGGCUGGGGAUCGCCAUCGCCAGCAUCGCCAGAGUUCUCCGACAAAGGCUUCUCUCCAAUCUCUUCGCAAUACGGGUUCUCCAAGUCCAACACCUUCCCAGAUGCUUCUCCUGCUACUCUCAGACAGUCGUCGCAUCUUGAAGCCCCCAGAGCAUCGUCAUUCGGAUCCGGGAAUUCGAGAGACUACUGCGAUUCUUACCUCGCAACACCACCAGCUAUCUCGCCGGCGGCCUCGGCCCAGAUCGACGAGAUGGAGGACGAGUUGAAGGCCAUCUCGACCGAACUGGCUGCGUCCAUUCGGCGCGAGAUGGACCUAGAAGAUCUUGUUGACAGAUAUCAAGCAGAAAGAGAUAACCCUACCACGACCGGAAGUAAGAGAACUAGUGACUACUUCUCCGAUUCCGGAUACAGCUCCGCCAAGUUCAGCGACUAUGAUCAGUCAAGGGAAGAGAUCGAGAAGAUCCAACGGCGGUCAGAGCAGGAGAAGGCGCAGCUCAGGCUGGAGCUGACGACCAAGGUUCAGGAUGAGAGGGCAAAGAGGCAACAGUUGGACGACCAGAUCAAGGAGCUAUCCGUCAGGGCCUCUCAGAUUGAUACUGCCCAGAUGAACAACAUGGACGCCACUGGUCGCGUAAAGGAACUGGAAGCGACCUGUGAGACCCUGCGAAGGAAGCUGUCCGAAGAACGCCAGGUCAAGGAUAACUUCGAAGAUCUGCUGUCGGCUCUCAGGGGUGAGCUUCAGAACGCCGCCAAUGAGCGUGACAACCUGCGUGAUGAGAUUGUUCCCCAGCUGCGGGCUCGCGUCGAAGGUCUUGAAGGCCAGGCUUCAGAACUUGAGAAGAUGAACUACGAAUCGACUAAGAUGCAACAGCAGCUACAGGCAUUGCAGGUGGAGAAUGACUCUUUGAGACAGGCCAAGGCGAUGAGCAGCAUCGCAGAGGAUUCCACUUCCCAGUCUAACUCCCAGGUGAACUCUCGUCGCUCCAGCCUUGCCAGGUCGAACUCCAUUACUGGUCCGCCGUCUGCAUUCAAGAUGUCAAGGGCGCCUGCUGGUCUCACGAGAUCGAAGUCCGUCAAGACGACUGAAUCCCGAGAGGCACUCUCGGACAGACUCAAGGACGUCGAAGAGCAAAGAGAUGCUCUCCACCGAGCCCUCAAGGCGCUCCUCGAGCGUCAAGAGUGCCAGAACCGCGAGAAUGAGAAAAAGAUUCGGAGCCUUGAGGUGGAGCGCGACCGGCUGUUGACUAGCUCACCGCAGAAGGCUGGUUUCGCCAGGGAGGUCUCCCAUCUCCGGGAAGAGAUCAAUGUACUACGCCGUAGGUCUGAGGAGGCACUCGAGCAGAAGUGGCAGGUCGAAAAGGGUCUUGCGGGAUUGAAGAUGGACCUCGACCGAGCUGAACAGGAGAUUGCAUCUCUAAGGAGCCUGCUUCAGGAGAAGGACAUCCUGAUCCCCGAGGCUUUUGCUCGCUCCAGCGGCAGCAGCGACGGACGGCCAUCAGUUCCCGUCACAUCGGAAUCUCUGACUACUGCCUAUGCCGACCUGCAGGCUGCGUACACGUCUGCAUUGGGCCGUGUCAAGCAGCUUGAGCUUGGCUCGUCCCCUCAGGAUGAGAAGACCAUGCUUGCUAUGCAGAAACUUGAGCAGAGUUUGCAAUCAGUUGUAUCAGAAAGGGAUAUACUACUCCAGGAUGCAUCUUCGUACAAGACACAGCUGGCUGCUCUUAAGGCUGGCGAGAAGAACUAUCUCGAGAGCGAGAAGGUGCUUUCGGACGAGCUCUCCGAGUCUGCCCGCCGCGUGGAGGAGCUGGCAACCCAAGUUCGUCAGCAGUUGUCUAACAACCAGAACUUGCGCCAGCGCCUAGCCGACACGGUGGCUCGAGGCGAUGCCGCGCAGAAGGCUAACGCCGAACGCAUCACCGCCAUGCAAGCCCGUCUGCGCACCCUUGAGGACCAAGUCAUCGCUGCUCAGACAGCCUCAGAUGAGCGUGUUGCUCGCCACGAGGAAGAGAUCUCCACGCUCAAGGAAAGCCACAACCAGCAACUAUCCCGACUCAGUGGCAACCUUCGGUCUCCCCGCACGUUCCCUCCAAAGUCUCCUAUGUCGCCGCUCUUUGCCGGCUCCAGCGCAAGGUCGCCUCGUCUCAGCUCAACACGUUCCGGCCCUGCGAUGAGCGUUGCGGAUGAGACUCAAGUUGCCUCCUUGAGAGCCAAGGUACUGGAGCUCGAGAGAGCGCUCACACAAGCCGACGCAGACAUGGAAGAGGUUGUAGGCCGCAUGAACUCGGCUCAGAUCGAGGUUCUGCAAUUGCAGGAGGAGCGAGAGGCGGCCAUGAGCCAGACGAGAAGGCUGGAGAGGGAGCUGCAGGCCGAGAAGGUGAAAGCCUUCGAGGACCGCUUCAAGUCGUUGCAGGUAUAG